AUGGUUGACACCGUCCAGGUAGCAAAUGCCAUUGAGAUCGCCUCGAACCACGUCGCCGACAAAGACCUGAAAGCGCAGGCUUUCGACUACCUGAACCAACUCCGCUCCGACCCCUCCGGUUGGCAGGUCUGCUUUGCCCUCUUCACCAAGACCCCACAACAGUCCGAAAUCGUACGGCAUGUCAGCUUGGAGGUGGUCAACAGUGCCGCUCAGGUCGGCUUGAUUGAUCAGGCCUCACUCGCAGUCAUCCGAGAUGGGUUGAUGACCUACAUCCGUCAGGCCUACGGCCCCGAGGCCACCACCAGCCCCGACCCUCCCUACCUCCAAAACAAAAUCGCACAGACCGUGACAUACCUCUUCUCCUUACUCUACGCCAGUGGCUGGGAGUCUUGCAUCGACGACCUCCUCGCCCUCACCAACAAAUCCACGGGUCGGGACCAUCAACCCGGUGUGGUCUUCUACCUGCGUGUCAUGAACUCGAUCCACGAUGAGAUUGGUGAUGUAGUGGUUUCGAGAUCCCGUGGGGAACAGGAUAAGGCAAAUGCGCUGAAGGAUCUUAUCCGUGAGAGGGACAUGCAGAAGAUUGUCAACUCCUGGCAAGAAAUCCUUGCCAUCUGGCGGGAGGGUGAUGACUCGAUUGUGGAAAUGUGUCUGAAGGCGGUUGGCAGCUGGGUGAGCUGGAUUGACAUUUCGCUUGUCGUGAACCAAACCAUGUUGGACCUGCUGUUCCAGCAACUCGGCCGGGCCCAGAAACAAGAGCUCCAGGAGGGCGAGCAGCGAGUGCGUGACGCUGCUGUAGACGUUUUCACCGAAAUAAUUGGCAAGAAGAUGAAGCCUGCGGAUAAAAUUGAGAUGAUUAUCUUCUUGAACCUGGAUUCCAUCAUCACGCAGCUGUCGAACAGUCCCCCGCUGCUCUCGCAGCGCUUUACAUCCAAGUACGAUGUUGAUUUGGCCGAGACAGUUGCCAAGCUUGUCAACAGCACGGCUGUGGAUAUUGUGAGGGUAUUGGAAGAGGAUAUUGGACCCGUCAGAGAGAAAGCAGAGAAUCUCCUUCAGGUCUUCCUGCCUCACAUCUUGCGCUUCUUUUCCGACGAAUAUGACGAAGUUUGCUCGACUAUGAUUACCUGUGUCAAUGUCAUGCUUACCUACCUCCGAAAACUCGCCAAGGCAGACCCAUCCUACGAAGAGCGAAAUAAGGCAAUUCUACUUCCAGUUCUGAAGACCAUUGUCGCCAAAAUGCGCUUUGAUGAAACCUUGAACUGGGGCGACGAAGACGAACAGACCGAUGAGGCGGAGUUCCAUGAGCUCCGCAAGAGACUGGGUGUGUCCCAGCAGAUCAUCUCCUCCGCCGACGAGCAGCUCUACAUCGAUGCGAUUUCAGAGGUGGUGGGUACGACUUUUGAGAACCUACGGGCAUCCGGAGGCCAGCUUGACUGGCGUGACCUGGAACUCGCCCUGCAUGAAAUGUUCCUAUUCGGUGAUCUGGCCGUCCGCAGUGGUAGUCUAUACACCAAGGGCGUUCCCACCGGAGUGGCUUCGAACCGCCUUAUUGAGAUGAUGUCCGCUAUGGUCAGCACUGACAUUCGGUCUUUCACCCACCCCGCGACACAACUUUUGUACAUGGAGCUUUGUGUUCGUUACAGCUCUUUCUUCAUCCACCACACCCACCUGAUUCCCGGAGUCCUGGAGAGCUUCCUCCAGCUUGUGCAUCACCCUGUUGCGAAGGUAAAGACCCGCUCUUGGUACCUGUUCCAGCGUCUGGCUCGCCAACUACGGGCCCAGAUUGGCAAUGUGGCGCAAACAGUUGUCGAGGCGCUGAGCGAUUUGUUGGUAAUUCAGGCAGAAGUGCCUUCGGAGGGCGACGAUGGCGAUGAGAUGUCCUCCGAGGACCACGAGCGUAGCGGAGAGGCCAUCUUCACCAGUCAGCUGUACCUCUUCGAGGCUGUUGGAAUCAUCAGCUCUACCCCAAGUGUCACCGCGGACAAGCAAUUGCUUUACGUCCAAUCCGUGCUCAGUCCCAUUUUUGGUGAUAUGGAACGCAACCUUGAGGCCGCCAAGGCUAACGACGCACGGGCGCUGCUGCAAAUCCACCACGAUAUCUUGGCCCUAGGCACCUUGACUCGAGGAUUUUCCGACUGGCAGCCGGGCACUGCGGGCUCUCCAUCCGCCGGUGUCCUGCCUGAGGUCUCGGCAGCUUUCCUCCAGGUGGCCGAGGCUACCCUUGUGUCUCUCGAGUCUCUCAAGAACUCAUUCGACAUUCGAACCGCUGCCCGAUUUGCGUUCUCUCGACUCAUCGGCGUCCUCGGUGCGCAGAUCCUCCCACAACUGCCCCGAUGGAUCGAUGGACUCCUGACCCAAACCUCGUCACGCGACGAAAUGGCACUUUUCCUUCGUCUCUUGGACCAGGUUAUUUUCGGGUUCAAGAGCGAGAUCUUCAGCAUCCUUGACACCCUUCUGACGCCUUUCCUGCAACGCGUCUUCUCCGGCAUCGCCGAGCCAGCUGUCGGCACCGACGAUGAGAUCCAGCUCGCCGAGCUGAAGCGAGAGUACCUCAACUUCUUGCUCGCAGUGUUGAGCAAUGAUCUGGGCGCUGUCAUCAUCAGCGAAAGAAACCAGUCCAUCUUCGAAACCAUCAUCACCUCCCUCGAGCACUUCGCCAAGGAUAAUGAGGACUUUACUACCGCCAAGAUGGCGUUCAGCGUCUUGAGCCGCAUGGCCAGCUACUGGGGAGGACCUGACACGACCCCUACCAAUGGCACUGCACCAGCCCAGGCCGCCCUCCCUGGCUUUGGUGAAUUCAUGAUCACUCGACUCUCACCCCUCACCUGGGCACUUCCGACGAGUGCAUCCUUCAACCUCAAAGAUCCACAGGCCAAGCAAGCCCUCGCCGAGGCGGGUGGGCUCCAGUGCACCAUCUACGCUAAGACCGGCAUGGAAUAUGCCGAGUACUUGCGCAACCGAGAACUGCCCGGCAUGGGCAUGGGUGCCGAGCUCAUUGAAGAGUUCCUCAACAAUCUGGGCCAGCUGGACGUGAAAGGGUUCCGGCAAUUCUUCCCGUCUUUCAUUCAACGAUUGAGCGCAUGA